AGCACCUCUUCAUUCCUCGCUCGCGCUCCGCACGCAAAGCACGUGUAGUGAUCCCUUUUGUUUGCCAGUGCUCGUGUUUAGUGACUCUCACGAUGAAAGCAAUAACAGCAGUGUGCGCGACCGGCGCCUCGGUGCCCGGCAUCGCCAGCGGCCGUGUCCACAGACACAGGGAAGGCGAGAACGCUGAAAUCCAAAUGUACCUAUCCAAACUUCAGGAUUUGGUGCCCUUUAUGCCGAAGAACAGGAAGAUUUCCAAGUUGGAAGUGAUUCAGCACGUGAUCGACUACAUUUGCGAUCUUCAGUCGGCGCUAGAGAACCACCCCGCGAUGGAUCAGUUCGACGCAGAAGUUGCGCUAGCCUCGCCGCCCUGCGCCACGACGCCGCAGCCUCGCCCGCACAGGCGCCCGCUCGGACCUCGCUCCGCGCCAAACACAAUCCUCCGCAAAUCACCCUCAAGCCAAGAACAUAGAAAUCAAACGACUCCUGAAAAGCAGAAUCAACCAGACAGGCCGUCGUGCUAAGUGAUACCUAGUUAUAAGGGACAUAAUUUAUGGUGUAAUAUAAGUGAAAGCCUCAAGCCCUUAGAGGCAGGAGACGAUGACGACGCCUCCGUCAUCAGUUCCAGUGAAGAUCAUCCCGCGAUGAUGUCCUAAGUACGAUCUCGUUACGAUCAAUAACUACUAACUACACAUAAUUGUUUCGUGGCAUUACGGCGAAGACUGUGCUGCAAUGCAAUCACCCGUUCAAGCGGACUGUUAUUAUGUUAUACUUUUAUGUAAAAAGCUUUACUAGUUAUUACUCAGAUGAUUGUAAAUUUGAAUGUUUGUAAAUAGGUAUGUUGAAUGAUAUGUGAACAUCAAUACAACCUAUGCCUACAGGUCUCUUGAAAUACUUUUGAGUUUUAUACAAUUUGGCAAUGAAACUUUUUCUUGAUAUAACGCAUUAUAUUAAGUUCAUUCUUUACAUUUUAGUUAACAACGAUGCUUCCAAUUUAUAUCAAAGACGUAAACUAAUUAAAAGUUGGUUUAUCUAUUAUUUGUAUUAUUUUAAUAUUUUUAAGUUACUUCUUCUAGUGUGAUUUUGCAUAGCAAUUAUUUGCUAUAAGUUUAUUAAAAUAUUAUCAGAGUGCAAAUCGUGUAUACUUUUAUUACUAAUUUAUAAAAUGCGUUUUGCACAUAUACUAAAUGUAAAUAUAGUAUCUAAUUGAGAAAAGAAAAUUAUAAAAAAUAGUGAAAAAAUUAUGAAAUUGAGACCUUCUAUGAUUUUAUUAUGAUUUAAGGUGGAAAUGCUUUAAUUAUCUCGUAUUCUUAUAAGUUAUGGUGUAUUAUAAUUUAAAUAGACUGUUAUAGUUUUAAUAAUGAAGGAGAUAGGUGUGGUCAAUGUGUUAUUAGCGGUAUUUAUCUAGUACUAUUGUGAUAUCAUUUCAUGUCAAGAAACGAUCACUGUUUCGCCUUAUAAUUUCAGUCACAAACAUGUGAAUUGCAUGCACAAUUAUUUCGUCCAUGAUUAUUUUGUUUUCGAUUUUAGAUAUAAAUUUAAGCACUGAUUUUCUGAAUAAGUACCGAUAAUCAAUCAAACCGAAAUAAAAGAUCAUAUUGAUA